UAUUUUGGGAAAACGAGGCAGCGUGAAUUUUGCAGGGGAAAAUGUUGAUUUGAUUAAGAAGGAGUUAUCCAAAUGGAAAAAUGAUCCUAGUAGAAUAGAAAUCGGAAAGGGAUGAGUAGCAUGGCCAUGGCGUGUGGAUGUUGCUCCCACUACUACUGCCCUUCACAACACCCACUCUUCAAUAAUUCAUUAUCCUCCUCAUCCUCACAGUUGAAGCGUCCUACUACUGUGGUGGUUUCUCUUUCCAAAUCCAACAACAAUGGCGAAAUUGAUAAAUCCGAUUCUAUUAAAGGAUCUGGAACCACCGCUAGAGGUCGAAGAUUGCUUAAAGUUCGACAAGACAAACUGCAACGCGAACACGAACGAGUUCAUAAUUACCCUGCUUGGGCUAAAGUCCUUGAAGAUGCUUGCAAAAACGAUACCGAACUUCGUUCUGUACUUGGUGAUAGCAUCGGAAACCCUCAACUCAUGAAGGAGCGGGUGGAAGAUAGAAUUCGAAAGAAGGGUAAAGACUUUCGCAAGUCCAAAACUGGAUCUGUUGUAGCCGCUAAAGUCACCUUUAGAGACUUCGAUCCACUUGAUUCGUUUAUCUGGUUUGAAUUGUAUGGAUCACCCACCGAUCGCGACGUUAAUCUUAUUGGCAGUGUUAUUCAAGCUUGGUAUGUCAUGGGUCGAAUUGGUGCCUUCAAUUCUUCAAACUUGCAGAUAUCAAAUUUGUCAAUGGAGCACGAUCCUCUCUAUGAUUCAGAUAAGGGUUUCAAAGUGAUGCCAUCAUCUUUCCAUGAUAUCAGUGACGUCGAAUUCCAGGAUAAUUGGGGACGUGUAUGGGUGGACCUGGGUACGGCUGAUUAUUUUGCCAUUGAUGUGCUCCUCAACUGCCUAACUUGUUUAAGUUCAGAAUAUCUUGGCAUCCAACAAAUCGUGUUUGGUGGUCGGAGCAUGGGUGAUUGGGAAGAGGGGAUGACGAACCCUGACUAUGGUUACAAGUCCUUCAAGAUAUAAACAGGGAUUGGAUGCAGUUUAUCCCUUCACUCGUAUUUUGGUUCGAAAAAUAACAGUGCAGGGAGGCAGUAACUAUAUGCAUUGAUAAGAACACGUCCUUGGGUGUUAUGGUUAGUUUUAACUCGCAAAGUUGUACUUGGUUGUCACUUGUCCAGUAGGUUUCUUGCACUGUAUGGAGCCAAAAGCCUUGAGAUUCAACUGUGUUGUGUUGUGUUGUGACUGACAUCAGAAAUGAUAGAUUAGUGAGACAGUAGAAUAGGAGCCGCUUGUGAAGCUUUUUUCAUUUCAAAUAUCAUGUUAGAAUGAUAUAUCAAAAUAUAGGUAGAUCUAUCAUAAAAUUAGUUUUGAUAUAUGGUGAUAUGAAAUGUAAAACAAGCAUAUUGAGUACUUAGUAAUGUUCGUAUUCUUGAUUAAA